CUUUGUAUAAUGAAAUUACAAUAGUUCAAUGUCUAUGUUUCAUAAUAGUCGUCAACAGAAUAUAGCUCCAUAUCCAACAUAGAGUUUUUUAGACGGUGACCGAAUGAUACGUCAUAUUCCUCAUUUUUAAUAUUAGUGGUCAGACCGAUAUCGCGCGGGUUCUAUGUGACGGGUGUGGUACGUCGAGGAACUACAUAACAGUUCUCUUUGACCUAUGAGGAUCAGCAAAAAUUCCAAGGGUCGAAUUCUACUGGCUCAUUUGGACUUUGAGUUUCUAUACGUUGCACGCGAGUGUUAUGGCUACAGCUAUACACAUCGUUGCACAAUUCAUCUCAACGAUAAUUUAGAUCGUCAAUAUGAUUGGAGUUUACUCAAGACUGGCCCUCGCUGUGUUAUCGGCAGUGACGCUUGCUGACAGCUACUGCCCACCGGACAGGAUACACGGCAUCGGUUUGUGCGCCUUCCGAAUCCACUGCACUGGUACCAUCCGCGGCGUCAGUCUCCCCGACGAAUGCAGAGGGUCCAUCAACCAUCCCGUCACCGUCGACUUGACCCUCACUGAAGGUAUCGAGAGAUUUGACAACCACAUAUCAGACACCGAGUUCCUCAACGUAGUCACCACCUUCCGAGCGUCAGCUGUCUGGCAGCGAACCGCCUUAUCCUUCCUAACGUACAUGACCAGAUUGAAAACUUUGGUAUUAACCGAAAAUCAGAUUCAAAGAAUCGAAGGGACCCCUUUCUUCAACCUUAAGUACUUACAAUACCUGGAUCUAUCUCGCAAUUCCUUAACUGACAUUGAAGACCUGUUCCAAUUUGAAACGCAACCAAAUCGUUUGGAAAAGCUUUUCCUGUCUAAUAAUUCUAUUGAAGAGAUACCUGGUGAUGCCUUUUCCGAACUCACCUCGUUAAAAGAACUCGAUCUCUCACACAACCUUAUAUCGAAUUUCGAUGAAGAACCUUUCUUUAAUCUGACCAGUCUUGAAAUUUUACGAUUGAACAACAACAGAAUCAAAGAUUUAAAUGGAGCGGUCAAUAAGCUUGUUAACUUGAAACACUUGUAUUUGAAGGGAAAUCAAAUACAAAAUAUCGAUGACCCGUCCCUUAAAAUUAUAUACCACUUGAGAACUUUUGAUGUUUCUGGGAAUCAACUGGAAAAGUUAAGACCGAUUAUGUUUUCAAGGCAUUGGCAACAUUUUGGAGGCGUCGUCAGAAUAAUACUUUCAGAGAAUCACAUUACUUCAGUCCCCAACGGCACCUCAAGUGAGGUCUCAGCUCGAUUUACAAGAGAACUGUCGAAACACACAGUAGAAACCGAAGUAUCUACAGAACUGGACCUUUCUAAGAAUCUAAUUAGUAACAUUGAAUACCAUGCCUUUCAAUCUAUAGUCCGCCUAAUCAAUUUAGACUUAUCCCAAAAUAAACUUACCGAUUUCAUUAUCCACGCCGGGGAUUUAAGGGAUGUGAAGUAUCUUAAUUUGAGCUUCAAUCACUUAACCUAUUUGUACUUUGAAAGCUUCUCGUUAAUGGCGAAUUUGCAAAAUUUGGAUUUAUCUCAUAACAGGUUAGACUAUAUUGCCGAUGAGACAUUUACAAAAAAUUACAAUCUGAAGUAUGUAAAUAUGACACAUAAUGGAAUAGCGGUGUUGAAGAGAUUGGGAAUAUCCAUGUUCCAUUCUGAUGGUGGAGUUUUGGACCUGUCCAACAAUGGUCUCUCAAGACUCGGCAUACCUAUUGGGGAAGGCUUACGUUUGACAAUACUAGUUUUGAACUCCAACAGCAUAGUUGACGCAGAAUUUAUCAACCUUGUGUACCAAAAUGACCUUAAGACAUUGGAAAUGAGAAAGAACUAUAUUCAGAAGCUAAACGAGACGUCUCUCCGUUUGCCUUUGAGUCUCACGUCUUUGGACUUAAGCUACAACGAGAUUGAGGUAAUUGGCCCGUCAACAUUUCACCGCGUUGCUCAUCUCACCUCUCUUUAUUUGGGGCACAACAAACUGACUAACAUACAAUAUGGAGUAUUCUAUGGUCUGACAUCGCUAAACAACUUGGAUCUUUCGUUUAACAACAUAAAAUAUCUAGACUCUAAAAUUCUAAUGGACUUGAAGUCGCUCUCAGUUUUGUCUUUAAGAUCAAAUGGGCUUUAUUUGUUGGAUUAUAAGGGGUGGUUAGGACACAAAUACGAUUUGAAGGUAUAUCUGGAAGACAAUAGUUUCAGUUGCAAUUGGUUAAGCGAAGCGUUGAGAGAUUUUAACAAUGGCUACUCGAAAAUGCGGCCUACAGUUCGUCAGUUUCGACCGGCUUCGUCCAAUCAUUCUCUUGAAGGCAUACCGUGUGUCCAAGAAAGUGAAAAUCAAGUCGACUUAAGCUCCAGCUAUGUAUUGGCUGACGAAAGACUUCUAGUUACGAAUCAAAAGAUACUAGAAGCAGUUAAGGAACAGACUUACUUCCUAAGGUCUUUUAUGAAUCAAUUUAACGUUAACGGCAACCGUUUUGUAACGUUACGUAAGUUAAUGAAACGAAGUAAUAUUUAAGCUUUAUUUGAAACUUGUGUACCUAUAUAAGUAUUUGUUUUAUUUUUAGGUUUGGUUUAAAGUUUAUUUGUGUCAGACUAAGUGUCAAAGUAAAAGUGUUUGUGUGAGUACAUAAUCAUUAAAUAUUUUAGUUUAUGAGUACACUAAGUCACACCACGGACACUAUGCAAAAAUCUCAUUUUUAUCUAGUGUCCCUUAACGCGUAGUGCAAGCGAGACCCAGUCCAUGUGCUCACUCCCUUAUUCCUUAGCGGUUUACGGCAGAAUGAGGUUUUUUUAUGAAGUCUCAAAAAGGUGUGACUUAGCUUAAGCGGUAAUUACACUAUCCAACCCUCUCAUACCGAUGCGUCAAGGUCACAUCAAGAUCGGGAAAAUCGACGCUAUUGGACUAGCUCUAGAUCGUUAUUACCAUGGUUACGCCCCACCAAUUUGCUAUUAGACUACACGAUCCUGAUCAACGCACGCGUAACCUUGACGCUCGGGCAGGAUGGAUUGGCAAAUGUAAUAACCAUUUUAUAAUUUUUGAGUCAUAUUGGUAUUCAUAUAAUUAUUGCGUGUUGUACAUGCGUGUCCUUAUGUAUACAAGGUGUUAGUGACAUCGUAACGAAUACUGAGGGGGAUGAUUCAGACCACGAUGGUGAGUUAAUAUCAAGUGGAAUUUUUCGUCGCAAAAUUCAUGAUUUUCUGUGUCUUUUUAUAAAUUAUUUUCAAUUGUAUACUUUUGCAAUUGCGAUAUUGCGGUAUUCCGAGGGGGGUGAUUGAGCUCAUUAUUCUGAGUGAGUGAGUGAGGUAAGGAAUACCUUACGAUAUCACUUACACCCCGUACAAGUACAUACAGGUAGCCACACCAGUGCGUAUGCGUGUUAGUGAUAACAAAUACUGAGAGGGAUGAUUCAUACCAUGAUUCUGAAUUGAUAUCAAGCGGAAUUUGCUGUCGGAAUAUUCAUGAAAAUUUUAGUGUAUUUUUCAAUUAUUUCCAGUUCCAUACUUUUGCGACGGAAAAUUCCACUUGAUAACUGCUCAGAAUCAUGGUCUGAAUCAUCCCUUAAAGUUUUCGUUACGACGUCACUAACAUCCUGUAUACCAUUAAACAAAACACCAUUUAUAUAAUGUUUUAGUUCGCUCUGAAAAUAGUGCGUUCAAGUAAAUAUUUAGUAAAAGAAAGAGAUAGAUAAUAAAUACUUUCUUUCUUUCUUUCUUUCUGUCACACUAAAUAUCAUAAUUUUUUUAUUGUUUCGAUAUCGCACGAAUUGCGAUGCCUUGGGAGGAAUGUCGCUCACAUUUUGUAAUCGUUGUUGUACAGUCAUGAGCAAUAUAAUGUACCCACUUUAGGACUCUGUCGCACUAACAUAUUUGACAUUUAGUGAGACUUACAGUUCAAUUUGUUAAAAAAGUUAAUGUGACAUGGUACCAAAGUGUAUACAUAUUAAUGCUCGUGACCGUACUAUCCAAGUAAUAUUUUAAUACAAUAUUAUGAAGUUUAUCUUUAAUAAAAAAUGUUAUUAACAACCUACUUAUGAAAAAUAAAAGAUGAAAGUUU